UUCAUUCCCAAACUUCCCCUUCGACUUUUCCCUAAACUGAUAAGCGUUCGGCUGUCAAAAUGUUGUGAAAACCAUUUUCCGGAAAGGGGAAAUUUUCCGACCCCAUCGAAGUGAGUGCCCCUCUCAGUCGCUCACGCCUAUAGCGAAUCAGUAUCCUUCGGGUGCCAUCGUUCGACCGCGUUCAGUCGUAGUUGAGUCAUGAUCCGAAACGGUGCAACAAUCUGUCCAACGGUCUGAAAGCAGCAGCCGGGAGGACCCUCAUACCAGUGUAAAAAAAAGGAUAUUAGCACAGACAUAGGAUACAGGAUACAAGCGGCAAGUGGUUUUAUUUCUGGAAACAUCGGUGUCCUGUGUUGCGUUGUGGUGGGUUGGGUUGAUUUGCUACUAGUCGGAGAAAAUAGGAGCAAACGGCAACAAAAAAACGAACGGGAAACACGGUCUAAAAAUAUCCCGGACCCGCGGCGGCGGCAGCGCGGAUUCUUUCACUUCCGUUCCUCAGUCUCGCGCUUCUGGUUGUUGCUGUUUGUUGGGAACUUGAACUGGUUCCGGUUUCUCGCUCUCCCUUUUACUCUUUAGUGGAUAAUGAAAAAAGAAAGUGGAAAAUGAUGUCGGUCGAUCGGUCCGGACGCGUUGUUUCGUUUCUGUUCUAAUGUGUUGUUGAACCACUUUCUGCUUUGAGGGACUAAGUAUAGGUCGAGGAGUCGGAAUUGUGUCACUUUGAACCCAAACCGUGUGGAUGUGCGGAUUGAAUAGUUAAUGAAACACACAGUGAAACAUGCAGCAGGAAGGAUUCGACUCUUGUUCGUCUGCAUGGAUUAGCGCAGCAGCAGCGGAAACGGAUAUGCCAACGUUGGGAAUUACAUAAGGGAACGCACAAGGAAGUUUUUCCCCAAUGAUUGGUUGGUUGGCAAAGCACAAUCGAGAGUGCGAAGCGGAAUGUUUUGAAAACAAUGCGACCGUUGUGAGUUUCACAACCGAGGUAUACGGGUCCCAGUGAAUUAUUGUGUGUUUCCAAUUAUAUAAUGGUCGUAGCAGGCCUGGUGAUGAGCUGUUGCGAGUGAGUUCCUUCUGAUUUGCUUUUGAAUCGGUCGGUUGAGAGAAAGGUGGGGUAAGAGACGCUGCCGAUGAACUCGGUACGUGACUUCGCUCGCCGCGUAGUAUUCAACUGAAAGAAGGAAUGACACAUACGCAUGGUGUUCGGUCGGUCCGAGGAAUGAGAGCCGAAACCCGACGAAGAUGAAAAGAUAUCACUGCUUCGUUUGUUUCGUGACUACGGCAACUGACAGCAGCAGCGUUGAAGGAAGAAACACCAAAGUGUAUACGACGAUGAUGACGACGGAAAAAAACCGUAUGUGUGCUCGGAAUUCGGAAUGUGAAAUUAAAAUCCGUGGAUGAGGAAUGCGAAUUUAACAAGGCAUUGAAGACAUCUAGCUUUCUUCUAGGUGAAGACGUCUUGCUUGAAGGAAAAGUUUUUCCGUGGCGACUAGUUUCUAUUUUGUUGUGUCGUCGGGAGAAGUGUGGGAAGUGUGUUCAAGAAAAUUGAAGAUGGUUCUUUCAUGUGGGAAAAAUAGCGGGUGUGAACAGUAAUUGCAAUCGAUAAAAUCGCUUGUGGCCCCGGUCGGUUGCAUUGUUUCGUAGAUGCGAAAACGAAAAGCGGUCUUUGUUGUUCUCGGGUAAACGUGUCGGAUGUUACGAUGCUAGAAGUGUUGUCAGACCUCAGCAAGCCAUCAGAAGACGCGUCAGCAACUACUCCUCAAUCGUGGAUUGUUGAAUAUCAUGCUCACAGAGCGUCCCCAGCAGCAGCAGCUACCGAAAAACGAAGCCGGUACCGCAAGUACACUUCGCAAAGCGCUUGCCAGGCAAGGUCACAAGCUCACCCGGAACCGGAUAUGUUCGUUCCAAGAUAAUCUCGGUGCUUCGGAGUAUCGCAAAGACCGGCGAGUGCAUGGACUACAGCUGCCUUUGCACCCACUACAGUUGCUCGGUUGGUUUGGAUUAGUUUUGUUUGGCUACUCGACGUUCGCCCUGUUGAUACCGGCACUGAAGCCUUCGGUGCAGGUUCCGCUGUACUAUCUGCUGACGACACUCUAUCUGCUUCAUCUGGUUUCCCAUCUGGCAGCACUGCUGCUGGACCCUGCCGACGUAGAGCUUCGACGCAAGAGUACCCGAGCCGUGGUGCCCGAGUUCGAUCGCAGUAAGCAUUCGCACGUGAUCGAGAACGGACGCUGUCAUCUGUGCAACAUCAAAACAAGCAGCCAUCGGACGAAACAUUGCAGUGUCUGUAACAAGUGCGUCGGGACGUUCGAUCACCAUUGCAAAUGGUUGAAUCACUGUGUUGGCGGUCGAAACUAUGUGCCAUUCCUUAUGUGCGUGGUGAGCGCUGUCAUCGCGGCGUUGGUCAUUUUGGCCGCUGCUGUCGUCGAAAUUGUGUUGUACCACGUGCAGCCUGAUUGGUUGAAUCUGGUCUGGUUCGGCCUUGCCGAUGACGGUUCCUCUUUAGGCACUACCGCAGCCUCUAGCACAACUACUACUACUGCAACUACUACUGGUUCGAUCGGAGAUGUCACUACGGACGCCGAUCUCGGCAAUGACACUUUCACCGCUCUACCGGCUCUAUUCGAUAAUCUAACCAGUUCAGCUCAGGAUUUGUUCUUGAAUCAAACAAUCUUUAGUGACAAUGUAAACAAUGUUACCGAUGCCCUCGAUACGGUGCAAGAAAAACCCGUUGAAUACAACGGAAUUAGUGUUAACAACACCAUCAUCCUCGCUUUCAUUGGAUUCCUCGGAAUACUGGCUGCCAUCGCAGCCGGACUACUACUGCAUCUGUGUUUCUUUCAUAUCUACAUCUCUUUCCUGGGACUCACCACGUACGAGUACAUUCGGAACAACCGGCAGCAGCAUGUUAUGACAAACGUCCCGCACCGUAAUCUGCCGAAUGGACCGACCUCGACGGCGACCUCAACCGUGGGAACCACCUCUAAGCUUAGUAUGAUGACCAACUGUACCAAAACGAAUCAUAUCCCCGAAAUAUACAUCUGCUCCGCGGUGAACCCGGCCCUGCUUCCCAUAUCCGGAACGCUUAACGACUUGAACAGGCCCCGACCCCGUUCCCUACAUUGCUGUGAUAACUCCAAACCAUGUACGAACAACAUCACCUCCGCCGGGGUCCGCAACCUGGAUACGGUCUCUCUGGCCACGGCUGCUUCAACGAGUGCCUCGCUCGGCGGCACCCACCAGAAGGCUGCCUUCUUCAUGUGUUCAAUGCUGGAGGAACGAAAUGUGGCCGCCGUCAAAGGAAACCCUCGAGCCAAGUGCGAAUCCCGAACAUUUCACUGCUGCUCCCAAUACCGCCAAACGAUCAGCGCCGACGACUUCGAAUCCAGCAGUGCAACGGCCGCCGAAUCAUUCGUCCAAUACAGCGAACAGUGCACCUUCUGCCGCAUCAAGCUCAAAUCGGCCAACGACCCUUCUGGCGUAUUGGACAAGACCGAUCAAAUUACGACCCUCCAAGAGAAGCGAUGUUGUGUCAAAACUAUCAACAAACAUCACCGUUGGAAAAGGAAAUGGAACUGCUGCUCGAAUGUACCCGACAGUCCGGACGUUCCGGGUGAUCCCCUACGUACCAUAUCCGGAUCGGUGCAGCAGCUUCAGCAAACUUCAACUGGCCCUCAGCCUUUCCCCUCGAUUACGAACGUGGUUGAACAUAAUCAGCAACUGAACCAUCUCAAACUGACAAAUAAUGAAAAUCGUGCCAAUAACAAUAGAAAUAGCAACUGUGUUAGUAGUAACAAUAAUUGUAGCACCAAUACCGACAGUAGAAAUUGUAGUGCAAAUAACAACGGGUACUUCGAUACCGGCGACCCGAACGUUAUCAACAACAACUUCGCUACCAAUUCGGUCGAUAACGGAAACAACAACAACAAUAACCGUAUUCUCAACGACGCCAAUGGCAACGAUGUCUCGCUAACGCCGAACAGUGUUUCUCCGGCCCCGAAACGACCGCGAGCCCGUCUCGUUCGACCCUGGCCGGUAGUUCGCCUUCGACACAUGAUCCGAAUCAUCGAUCGCUACCGGCGGCCUCGAUGCCGAACCAACGCACAGCAGCAACAAGCCAACGCAGCCAACGCUGUCAAACAAAACCAGGUUCGACCCCUAGUCCCUGCCUCCGGAUGUUCCGGUUCCGUUACAGCUUGCCAGGGUCCGAGUUCCCCGCAGUUUCAACACAGCGAAGCACAACCAGCAAUGCCCGCGCUACCACCACCAACCCGUCGCAAGCUCAAAAAUACCACCGACGAUAUGCAGAAUCUCGUUGAAACACUGGCACUGGUUCAACAGCAACAACAAAACCCGAACCAAUCCCAAAACCAGCUGCAACCGACAACGGUUCGAAUACCGCCAAUCAUCCAUCCUUCGACGUCGUCGUCGUAUCGCCGUAGUCGGCGCAAAAACAUUAUACGUAAUCGAAGCCCGACCCUGUCGCCGAUCCACGAAUCGGGCCUGUCUAAUCCGACGUCGCCGCAACCCUGUCGGCAUUCGUGUUCCGCCAGCAUAUCGUCGCUGACGUCCGGUGCUGCGGCUACCAUUUGCGGUGUAGGCGGGUCAAGUGGGCCCAGUGGUGGGGCCGAUUCCUCUGUAGAUAGACCCUUGCGGUGAAUCAAUAUCUUUAAGCAAAAAAAAACCUUCUCUCUAUCUCUCUCUUUAACAAGAACAACGGUGUGUAUCGUGAUCUCUCUCUAUCCUUUCACUUUUGCUGCGUUACCUACCGUCAAACUGAAGUCUCCUUAAGGUUACAGUUCAAAACACCGAGUGUAAAUCCGUCACAUUGUGAAAGCGACUGAAGACUAUGUGACUGUUUUUUUUUUCGAAAGUUUGCGAUUUCGGUUUGUAUUGUUUUCCGCAUUUGUUAGAGAACUUGUGAAAUUCAUUAACCAACAACGAGAUGCUAAGUGCAUGUAUUAAUUUUGUAUGUAUGAAAUGUUCAGGUUCAGGGAAAUCAUUUAAAUGUUAAUCGAAAAAUGGGAAAAUUUGCGGGAAAUUGCCGUGUACAUGCUACAAAACGUACCAAGAAUAUUAAAUUUGUUUUGAAGGGAUACAUGAUUAAUUGGAAAAUUUUUAAGAGUUUUACUGGUCUGGAUUAAAGGUAUAUACUAUAUAGUGGGAAAUUUGGUAAUGUGUGAAACUGUACCAAAUGAAUAUGAAAAAUUUAAAAAAAUUAAGGAAUUUUCAGAAUGUAGAAUGAAGAGUUUGAACAACUAAUAAGAUUGUAAUUAAGAAUUUUGGGAGAUUUUUGAAAAUCCGAGAAUCUAAGAAGUCAUUGAACUUUUUUGGAAAGUUUUUGAGUAUUUAAAAUCGUGAUAGAUCAUCAAAUUUGAUCAGUUUGGAGAUUUUAGGCUUUCAUUAUUCCUCAAAGAAUCGAGAAUUAAAAAACACGAGGAAAUAUUGUAAAAGUACGAUUAUUUGAAAAUUCCUUAAAUGAGGUAUUAUGAUUAUUCGAGGGUUGGUGGUAUUUGAUGAAAUAGUGUUAAUCUUUUUUCAAUUUCGUCAGUCUAGUCCUUAAACUACAAUCUAUCACAUUACCGAUAACUAUUUGUCACACUUACACUGAAGUGAUAUCCUCACUAUCAAUGUUCUCAUUUCCGUUUGAUAUUCUGAGCUGACUACUCAGAAUUAAUGGCAACACUGCUGAGUUACCACGAACCUGGUUCGAGUUGUUUGACUUCACAGUAUGAUGGUGUAAACAUUUAUACCGUGUUUAUCAUCAUCAGCUGUGAUCAGCAUUCAUCAAUUCCAUUGUUCGCAACUCCGAAUUGAACAACAAUGUGGAGAACCAAACAAACUGUUUUGAUUCUUCUGUAGAAGCAGGAGAUCUUCUCUGUUAUAGUGUUUCGGCGGUCCGGAAUCUAUCCAAAACCGUAAGUUUCAACACCUGCCCUCAAUUCGCAAAUUGAGGAUGCUAAACAGCUUCGCAUGCCUUGCUAACCGCUAACGCCUUCCUGAACGCAUCAGCUGGCUUGUCCUCAUUAGAGAUAUGACGCAAAGACAGCUGACUUCUUAUGACAUCCCUGGUGAAUGCAUACGGUCUACGGAACGGCAUGAUCGGUCCACGUCUACUUAACCAAUUAGUGGAUUCGGGUUCGCGUUGCUACGGAAUACCAACGCCGUACGUUAAAGAUAUCGCAAAAGCCGCUGCAGGCCUUCCCAGUGCCUAUCCACGAGGCUAGCCUGGUAUUUGCUAAGGGUGCCAACCGCAGCACAGAUAUCUGAUCUCGAUUACGUCGCCAGAUACUGCAAACAACCGAUCAAUUCCUUGAACGGCGGCUCGGUGAUUUUCUCACCAUCGUUCAACUUCGUCCAGUGAACGUUUCUGCAAGCGGUGUGCCUACGGGUUUACAAUCGGCCAUACCAAAUAGCUGCAGAACCUUUUCGACGUACCCUGAUCUGCGAAAUCUCGAUUGUACUCAUCUGUAUGUUCCGCUUGAUUGUCAUUUCCAAGAAAGUCUUGACCUCCAGAAGUUCCUUCAUCAUGAGUAGCCUUCCAAGCUCGGUUUUAACCAGAUAGCUUAGGAUACAUCUUUUUCGGAAAUCAGGAUGUAAUCCACGUAUAGAAUGAGGGUGAGUUCUCGCUUGCAGGAUCGGUAAACGCAGCUGUCACUCUUCAAUGGAACCAAACCAAGUUUUCGUACCUGGUCGUCGAACCGCUGAUUCCAAGCAUGACCCGCUUGUUUCUGGUCGUCACGGCUUUUCUACAACCGAACCACCUUCGAUAUGCCGAUGUCGUCAUUUUGGUUCUAUUAGUUGAUCACCCAAGUGGUAAAUUCUUUUGACGGAUUGCAUUCCAAGGCACGGCGAGCCACCUAAGGCUUUACUCGAGGGUCGCUUGGUUUCUACGACUAUCGUGUGCUCCGUCUCUAUUCGAGUUCCACAGACCAGUGACCUUUUCCCCUAACGACCUGAUGUCUUGACUCCGCUUGGUUGGCUCGAGGCCCUUUUCUCUUUGCCCGUUCGUGUGUCGAUCGAGUGCAGCUUAUCCUGGACAGCAGCUUAUCCGGGACUUUACGGAACUACCCGGAUGAUUCCCGGUGAAGACGUCAUCCUACACCGACACGAGUGACUCAUGAGCCGACGACGUGAAGUCACUCCACUUGAGAGUAUUCCGCGGCGUGAAUACUCUUCCCUCUACGAGCUCGACUGCGGAGAAGGAUUGUCUUCACCCCGAGCUUCCAUCGAACGAGGCGCGUUCUACUCAGAUACUCCGCGGCGGUGGAGGUAUCCUACAAAAUACAACACGACUCGAAAGCCCGAACUACGAACGACCAUGUACUGUUCGUUUGUCAAAGCCAAGACGGUUCGAACGCUCUCCAUCUUAGCCACUGGAGCGUAGGUUUCCCAGUUGUCUAGUCCUGAUCUUACCGAACACCUUUCGCGACCAAAUCGAGCUUUUUAGCGUUUAAGCGUUUUAGCAUUUUUAAAGGUUAUUCACUACCCACUACAGCAUAGGUUUUCUGUGACUUGGCGGAAAAAGCUACAAAUUGUGAACGGACGUUGACUGCUUGAGAGAUAGCACACGGUUACAGUUUCUGCAAGAAAGCGUCAUUUGAUGAUGCCGGAAACCCCUCUCGAGAAGGCCGACAGUCAGACAAUCCAUUCUGUCCGCGAGAAACUUUGACAGUUUGUCAAAACAAGAGCCUCCGAGAAGCUCUUUCGGUUGAUCCGGAAUGCCAAGAUCCUUUUCCCUUUUUGGGCACAUUUGAAAUUCAAAUUUAGCUAAAAAUAUUACCAAUACCCAAAAUACACAAUCAAAAAGAGAAUUGAUUUUCAAAACCAUUUUCCUACUCACGACCAUCACACAAACUCGAAGAGUAAUAGAUUGUACUGAUAAAAUUCGAAAAAAAACAGAAUCAAAGUUUCAAAUCAAUGCUUUUUCCGGUAAAUCAUACAUAAAUUUUCGAAAUUAAUGUUCCUUUUCUGAACUAUCAUUUAGCUUGGAAAUGAGUUUUUAAGCAGUCUAUUCUACAAAUUCGAUACCAAUAUUUCCUAAAAACCAAAACAACGAGCACGAAUUAAAAUUUUUAAUAAAACCCGAAUUUAAAGCUUCAGAAAUUCCACGUUAAUAUCUUUAAUUUGAAUAGACAUUUCAUCAAGAUUUGAAAUGUAAAGUCAUGAGAAAAAAAAAUCCAUUUAAAACUUAAAGGAAUUUAUAAAAAAAAAACUUGAUAAAAGCAGAAAAUGUCUAAUUUAAUUUCAAAAGUAUGCCCAAGUGAUCAAAAUCAGAGAUAAAAAUAUGUGUUUAUAUUCACAUUCAUAUUCUUCCAGUUUUUGAAAUAAAAGGUAAAAAAAGAUCAUUUUUGAAGCUUACAACUAAAACUUUACAAUGUUUCUUUUCAUCUCCGACAGCUUAAUCUGAAUUAUCAAUAGGAAACUCAUGAAAAUGUAAGGAAUUAAAAUUUUUGUUGCAAGUAUUGAAAGCACAAAGCAAUUACUUAUUCGGUUAACAUUGCGCAAUAAACUUUUGCUUCAAAGUUUAUAUUUUGAAUUAUUUUCGAACUAUUCCUAGAUUAAUUUAAAAAAUUACGAUCGAUUAAAAAAGAUGGCUUAAAAAAAUAAAAUAAGUGAAAUAUUUAUGAAUUUUCAAGCGCAAUUUUGUUGCUGUCAAAUUACAUAUUUGGUCUCGGAAAGAACGAAGGAUACAAACAAUGUUUUUCUUAUUAGAAAUUUAGUUUAAAAAAAUAUCAGAAAUGAAAAACAACGCCAACAUAUUAAAAAAAAUCAAAUUCCUAAAAUAGAUUGACUGUAGAAAUCAGUUAAUUUAUUUGAAAAUUAAAAAAAAACACUAAAACAAAUCGGUUAGUAUAUUUAAAAAUUAAAACACCAUUUUAAGAUGAAAAAGAUAAAAAAAACAAUAAGAACGUCUGAUCAUUUUUUAAAUUAUUUAUAGAAUCUAAUCAAUUUUGUCCAUCACCUCUAGUUUUGGUUAUAUAAAGUUUAUAAGGAUAAAAAUUAAACAGCUUUUAGUGAAAUCAAUCAUUGAUAUCUGAAGAAUUAACAAACUUACAUAAAAGAAAAGAAAACUUGAUCUAAAGUUGCUUAUUUUAUUACUAUGCUAAUUGACUCAUAUUGAAUAUUUUUCCUAAAGAUGUCCUAACUACAGAAAAUUAUUGAUCUGAAAAGGUUAAAUUUUACAGAUUUUAAAAAUCUCGAAGGAUGUCAUAACAAGUAUUUCUGCCACAACUAAAAAAAAGUGCAAAAAAACGAUUUUUUUUUUGCUUCAAAACACAGCUCAAAUUAAAAUUUGUUUUUAAAAAUUGAAAUUUCGUCAAAAUUCAGGAAAAAUGAGGAAAAGUAAACAAAUAGAAAACUUUUAUAAUCUUUUUUUUUUUAUAAAAGUCAAUUAACUUCCGGUCUUUUUGAAAGUUUAAAAUUGAUUUAAUUGAAAUUUAGAAAUUGAUUAAUUUUUUUUGUAUUGGUCAGUUCAGUUCAGUAAAAAAAGUGCGGAAAUUUCUCAUAUGAAAAAUUAUUUAAAAAAAAUUAGCCCUUAAAUUGUCUGCAUCUCAGAGAAAUGUGAAUCGUGUAAUUUAUCAAAAUCCAUUUAAAUGUGGAAUUGAACAAGCAACAGAAAAUAAAAUUUAAGGCAAAAAUUGGUUUUUGAAGAAAAUUUCAUAUCAGCAUGAAAUUAGUAUUCACAUAAACCAUUUUUUUUCACAGUCAAAGUGAUUAGUUAUAAAGUAAUGGAUUCUAGGUUUCAGAAUUUGUUUUGCUAAUUCUGUUGAAUUUCGUGAGAAGUUAAUAUUUGUCACAUUGCUACCAACUUGUUGAAAUUUCAAAUAAUUAUUUUUUGUUGAAUCAAUUUUGAAGUUAAGAUGAUUGGUUUCAAAUUCUGAACUUGCUUCGUUAUGCUAAUCAAAAUUAAAUUAGUUCAAUUCGUGAAAGUGAUAUCUAUAAAUUAAAUGUCUUAAGCCUAGAGUGAGCUAGGACUAAAUUCUGCUGGAGGCGAGAUAAUUUUCUGACAUGUUUUUAACACUUAUUUUUGAAUACCUUUAGGAUAAAGUAAUUCUCGUUACUACGGUAAACUUAUUUUUUGGACUAAAAAUUUAACUUAGAUAAAAUCUCUGGGAGGGGGGAGGGGGGAUUGUUGGUUGGGGGUUGUUUUAAUCUAGAUCUGAAAUUUGAAUUCGAACUGAAAUUGGUUUUCGGGAAUAUAAGUUCUUAAAUAUGAAUCUGAAUACCACUUUGUUUAUUUACAUACCUUGGUUUAUUAAUUCUCGAACCAAGAUUAGAAUUUAGAACUUUGGCAACCAACAAUGGAUACGAUUUUUAAAAGUCUUUAAAGGCGUUUAACUGAAUAAAUUUUCUUUUUCAACCAGUUCUCUAACAAAUCAAUCGGAAAGCAGUACGACGAUGUCAUAAACUAUCUGAAUCACAAAAAAUCUUCAAACCAAACUUGACUUAUUUCACUUAAACAACUUUCUGUAAUCGUUUCCUCGUCUCGUCUAAAUCCAUAAACCACAACUACAGAAAAGUAUAAUAAAUAUUGCACUGUUAAAUGUUCCGAUGUUGCUUAUAAAGGACCUUUGGUUUCCAGUUUUUGAACCCGGUUUAUAUAUUUUACCCAAAAGUCUUAUCUUACCAAAACCAUAAGAAAAAAAAACAAAUCGAAGAAGCUUUCGAAGGACGACAACGAAAUUUGUGCAAGUUCUAAAGAAUAUUUGUAAAUUGUUAAACAAAACAAACCGACAACAACAAAAAAAAACCACUAACAGUGAGCAAACAGGUUACCUAUAUAGGAGCUAAACAAAUGUUUACUUGAAAUUGUAAAACAGUAAAAAUAAAAAAAAAACAAAUAUAACAAACAUAGUCAAAUUUUUGUAACCAACCAAAGCGCAAAGGUGAUGAAAUAUCGUGUUAAUGUUGAAUCAACAAAAAUAGGUUUUUUGGAGAAGCGAACUUUUUUGUUUUCCGUUGUUAUUUUGGAGACACAUUUGAAGCAAAAGAAAAAAAAAAUAUAACCUUCGGAGGUGAUGGAGCAUUGUGAAGAGAGAGGAAAAAAAUGAAAAACCAAAUAAAUUUUUGUGAUGUGAUGGGGAAACGUCGUGAAUUGAUGAUUUGAUGACGGAGAUGAUGGGACAGAAAAAGGCAUGCAAAUAUCAAAGAUGGUGUGAAGAAGAAAAAAUCGACACAGUAUGACGAAAUGAUUUUGGAAGGAGGAAAACCAAAAAAAAAAGAAGGAAGCACUCAAAGGAAUACAAAAA